UAACCGGAAAGCCGUUUGAACGAAACGCUGCCCCCUGGUGGCUGCCUUUCCAGUAUUGUCGUUGGAGUACAACAACAGGACGACGGCGUUGGGGACACGAGCUAAAAAGGCGAGCUGCGUCACUUCAAUAUUGGACCUUCCCUGGCUCUAAGCUUUGCGAGCACACGCGGCCACCUCUGCGGGGAAGGACCGAGAAGAAAUGCCGACGACCAGCGGCGCCAGGCCGAUUUUCAUUGUGUCCGAAUGAAAAAGGUCUUCGACCGGAAGUGGUAGCGUGCGCUAGUUUGUCGGGGCCUCGACGGUCGACGGUCGACGGCCGACGCGUUGCCGUGCGUCACUGUCUCGCACCGAACCGAUUCCGGGCCAGAGGCUUUUCGCGUUGGAAGAAACGAGGGAAGGAGAUGUCCUUGUACGCAUAAAGGGAUCCGGCCGUCUUGAAGGAUGCAAAGGAAGGAUGCAGAGGAGGUCCCCUGUUCCUCUGGCACGAGCAGUGGGGCGAGUUCGGGCGGAGGACUGCACGGCUCCGCCCCUGGCCCCGCCCCCUCCUCGGUCGCCGCGAGAAGACUGACGUCUCUCCGAACUCGAGAUCUGACACUAGGGGGCGCCCUGAAGAAAGCAAAGAAAACCUUUGAGCCGAAUGUCAACGCUGUGAGGAAAAGCAAGGACGAGUCCGAGGGAGAGAUUCAAGCGACGCCGAGAAGAGAGCGGAAACAGAGGGAUGACAGAAGGCGAGAGAGCAGAGGCGGGAGGAAGGGAAAGCCGCGGACCAUUCAGUCUCACUCGAUCUUCGAGCAGGGUCCUGCUGACGCUCUGCGGAAAACAGGCCGGGCGGCUGCUCCAAGAGCGUGCGACGCCACCGCGCCGCCUAAACGUGGUCCUGUAAAAAAAGAGCGGAAAGACUCCGAUGGUGAAGAUGAGCUCCUCAGAAAACUACGGCGAGAUGAUUUCAUAUGCGAUCCUGAUUUGAAGAACGAUGCCAAGUUGAAACCCAUCCAGUUACCUUUGUGUCAGACAAGAACAACACCGGGUCAGGAGAAGCCCCCUCUUCUCGGAUCAUCAUCCGCCGGACCUCGGGUUAGGACGGGCCGUAGCGGAGAGCGGCCAUCUUUGGUGGAGAUACUGCGGGGUCUCUGCCUGUCUAGCGAGGAGGAACUCUUCUUCAUGCAGUUGCCUGACUGUAUGCCUGUGAGAGCUCCAAAAGAUGAGCUCAAUCCUGAGGCCAGAUUCGAGAACGUUGCCACGGACAAGAAGCAGCUGUUUGGGAAAGCGCAGGAGUCCCCGUCGGUGAAGUGCUCCCCUGUCCUGUCAGAAUUCCCAGAGGGAUUUCUGGGUAAGAUCCAAAUAAGAAAGUCGGGAAAGAUGCAGAUGAAGCUGGGCAAUAUUGUCAUGGACAUCACCGACGGAGCUGCUUUGUCAUUCCUUCAGCAAUUGGUGUCUGUCAAUCUGUCCGACGGUAAGACUGGAGACAUGGCGGUGUUAGGAAACAUCCAACAUAAACUGGUUUUAUCUCCAAAUUUCCAAACUUUAUUGGAACAAUCGACAGAACAGUAAUAAGGAUCGUGAUCGUCUCCUCGUCAGCAGCAGCGCUCACAGACACGAUGACGCGUUCUGUUUUCAGAGUUUUUCCUUCAUCGUUUAGGCAUCUCGGUGCGCUACCUUCAAUAGUGAACUCCUUUUUAGGGCAGAUCCCCAAUAAUAUCUGCAUUUCUAGUCGGUUUUUCAGAUGUCUGGUUUUGUAUUUCAGUACCCUAGCUUUUGAAUAUGAUCUAUGUACAGUAUAAUGCACAUUUGUUUAGUGAUAUGCAAAUCGUUGUACAAUAAACCAACUCUUUCUGGGAAUAUAAAAUGUUUCUUAUCUGGAAAAGUAUGAAGCGAAAACUGCUUGUUGACUCUGCUUCAUGGAGCAACCAGAAAGGUCUGGCUUCUCGCUGCUGUUGGGCACAAUCCUCACACCUCCAAAACCAUCCAUUUUCGGCGUUUUCAACACUUACGAUUCGUCAAUAAUUCUUUUAAAAAAAACAACAACAAAAAUGUGGGGACUGACCAACGGUACAUAUUUGUGGAAAAAAUGUGAAAGGAACCAAAUCUGGACAUAGACGGUUUCCCCAGACAGUGACGUUCCACAACAUCAAAUACAAAUGACAUGAUUGCCUUCUUAUGGGCACUUUGUAAAUUCUGUUAAGUCAUUUCCCUCGAGCAGGGAUUCUUGAACUGUGGUACGUUGGCUCCCUCUAGCGGCAUGCAAAAGAAUCACUGGAUUACAGUAAAUGUUCCAAUGUACAGUGGCUUGAACUUUUCAAACUACAGUACAGUAGAAAAACGUCAGGUUCAGUUGUAUUAAACCUUCAAGUACGAUACAUUUACAUAAUGCAUUCUGUUGGUCGUGACGGAGGUACUUGCAGAGUUGAGUACUUGGCGUAAAAAUAGGAAGGGCUUUUUAGUGAUUUUCAUCCUCUUUCCGAAUGCAUUGUGGGUUUCUAUGUUAGUUCUUAGUGACAUUACAAAAUGACUACAUGAGGUGGAUGUAAAUGUUUAUUCAAAUGCACAACACAAAGAAGACUCGGGUAAUAUUCUGGAAAGUAAACUGCGUGCUGAAAGAGUAUGUUCUUCAUGGAUGUGACAUGACAUUCCCAAAGACUCGAAUAAAAUAAGGAACGUUUCAGUGUACUAAGUGUGAAAUGACAUUUUCAUCACGACUUCUCGGAUCAAUAAAACAAGCAUAAGGUAUUUGUGUUUUAUGG